AUGUUUACAGGACUACCACCGACUACGUCUACACAAGCUCCUACACAAGCCCCGACCACGCCUAAGCCGGCUGGUCAGUCGUCUAACUCCGCCGCGAUCGGCGGGUCGGUGGGAGGAAUCAUCGCUGUUGUCGUCGCCAUCGUCGUUGUCUUCUGUGCCUGGUCUAAACGAAGGAACAGAGGCCAACCAGAAACCAAACCAAACGUCACCAUGGCCUAUAGAAACCGUGGUUGUAUUGAUGUGGAACAGCCGACGGCAUCUGGAGGCAAAGGGGAGCCCUACUCCGGUCUUUCCAAUGCCAGGGAUAAAGCGCCACAAGGAAACGUGUAUGACGAGUUGGACGCUGCAAGUAAUGGCGCAAGAGCCUUAGAUAAGAACGAGGAAGCAGAAUACUGCUACAUCAGCGAUAGUGAUAUAAAAGCGGCACAAAGACAGUCGAAAAACCCCAUCCCAUCAGUUAGAAACAACAAGUCUCCAGGAGCAUCCAACUCAGAAUCCAGUCCCGUAUCAACUUCUGUUGGAUACAAUUCCUCCAGUGGGAAAAAGCUGAGUCACUUCCCAAGUGGUAAAUACUCAUCAAUGAAUGACCCUAUGUACCAAGGGCAGACCGGAAAUCAAGAUUCCCCGUCAUCACCAGAGUACUUGGAACCGAGAACCCACGAGUAUUUCGUGCUGGAACCAGAACAUACCAGCCUGUAGAGCAGAGUGGUCGAGUACCAAAGGGUUCCGAAAAUUUGAACCAGAACACACCAGCCUGUAGAGCAGAGUGGUCGAGUACCAAAAGGUUCCGAAUGUUGGCGUGAUUCAUUAAUUUCUACUUAGCUGUUCCAUGCGUUAAGGAAUGUAACAGCACGUAGGACAAUAUAUCUAGGUGCCCUGUAAACCAAGCAUUGGCCUGGUUUAUUAAUUUUCUACUUUGCAGUUUCAUGGAUUAAGUAAGAUAACAGCACGUAGGAUAAUAUAUCUCGAUGACCUGUAUACCAAAUAUUGGCCCGAUUUAUUAUUUAUUUACUUAACAAUACCAUACGUUAAGGAGUAUAACAACAGAAAAGGACAAUACAUUCUGGUGACCUGUAUACCAAAUACUAGUCUGAUUCACUAAAGUUCCUUGCAGUGACAUGUAAUGAAAGAACACAGUUGUGUUCACCGUAACACGUUCUGGUGACGAGUUGUUUACAGGUCAGAUACAUAUGACUGAAGAAACAUGUUGUAAUUAAUUCUCGAAAAUAUAGUUUGCAAGGCGUUUUUUAGCUUACUGCAAUACAGUCAACGAUAAUCGAACAAAUCCCCGAAAGAGCAGAAGGUCUCAAAUGGUACUUAACACCAUUUUUGAAAGUUUUCCUUCUAUAGGAUUUAUGGUGAAGUAAGUAUUAGUGUGAUGUCGUGUAUGGGAAACAAUGUACAUGUAAGAUAAACGGAACAAAGAAAUCAUUAAAAUACUGUAAAGGGGGGAAUUUCGCGGUGUGGAAAUAUUCGCGUAUUUUGCGUGGAUAUUCACGUAUAUUUGCGCUAGAAAAUCCACGCGAGAAUAUUUAUUUAUGGAUCACAUAUAUUAAAGAUAUAUAUACUUUUUAUAGAUUUCAAUGAUAUUGCCAACGCGAACAUUUCUGAAUACAUCUAGCGUAAAUAAGAUACAUGCGAUGUAAUUUAUUUUCCGUUUUUCUCCGGUUCUACAGCUGGAUUCUAGGGCAUUGUACUAACUUUAACAUAUAUGUUGAUCGUGCACGAGUUGGUGCAGAAUAUCAGGUAUGCUUAUUAAGAUGACGUAUACGUAUAUAUAUAUUUAACAAAAGAAAUUGAAAUCCAUUAUGUAAUCUCCAUUAUGUUUCAAACAUAAUAGAAAUCCGUAUACAUACAUAUCUGUCAGGUUUUUAUGUUUUCAUGGAUGGAUAAUGUUUUGUACAGUUUUAUCAUCUGGGUUUUUUUUAUAUCAUCAAAUAUAUGUGUGACUUUAUUGUUCUGCAGAUUAGUUAAUUUAGUAAGUUUAUAUUUAUAUUUCAUCACAGGUCGGAUGAGAAAUUUCUUACAAUAAACACGCAAGCUGUUGAAGUCUGCUAUUGCAUUUGUAUAAUACCCUGAUAUGAAUAUACCCCAUUGGUCGGGCAAUUCAUUGUAUCGUCUCAACAAGUUAAACCAACCUGCCAACUGAUCCUAAGCUCGAUGAACUUUUCGGAACAAAUUAUAAUUAGGUGAAUGCAUCCCGGCAAAUAUCAAUGGUUCAGUCUAUAUCCGACCAUAUAAAACCGUAUGAACCUUCGAUGUUAGAAGUUAUAUUCUAUUGUUUGUGUUAUCAUAGAGACUUAAUACCAUUUUUUUUUUUAUAUAUAUUUUAACAAUAUAAUUGCUAAAGUGUUUUAUUACUUUACAAUGUUAUGGGCAAUUAUAUGUAACUCAUUUAACUUUACAUUGAUUUUUAAUGACCAACAAAUAAUUUUAAUUUUAACAAAAGACGUCACGAAUAUUCUAUCAAGUAGCAUUUACAUGUUAUGUAUGAGGUGAUAUUCGUGACACGACUAUUUGAAGGACACUCCUCCGAUUUGUAAGUGUAUUUAUUAUUCAUUUUACACUGCCAUUUUCUUACAAUGAAGUUGAUAAACUGAUAGUGUUACGUUAUAUUUCUGUAUUUUAAAUUAUUCAAAAUACAUAAUGCCGCAAACAGGUUAAGUAUUUUUACUUGUACCUCUCUCUCUCUCUCUCUCUCUCUCUCUCUCUCUCUCUC